CAGGAAUUUCAUUUAGUUGCGAUAGGAGAACGUAAUUGACAAGAGCCAGUCGCGGGAGAGGUCUCGCUUGCGGGAACCAUGGAGAAGGGCCAGCCUCCUGGCUUCCUAGAGAGGCGCUAGGAUCUCCUGCCCGAUCGUGCUUCCGACUUGACCGCGUUCUGUCGCGCUGCCGGGCACCGCGAGUGAGCUACCAGCUGGUUUGUGACCUUCUCCCCGAUGGUGGCCCAGCCCUUCCUGACCCAGAGCUCGGGAGUCGGGGCCUCGCAGACACCGCCCGAGGGGCCCGGGCGGCUGCCUCGAAUACGGGCCCAGCCUCUUGCCCUAAGAGGCGCGCUCGACCUUCCUGCCCUGAAGAGCUGGCCUGAUGACCACCCCCUCUCGCAUUUCCAUUCCCCAAACCAGAUCUGAUAUGCCUGCUGGAGCAAGGGAAGCAGCAUGGAGCCCGGAUCCCUGGACACAUGCUGGGGGGGAAACCUUGGGAGGUGACUGCACAGUAUGUGAAUCGGGGACGCCAGCCAUGCUCCAGUCUGCUUGGCGCCAGGAGCCAGUGACCUUUGAAGAUGUGGCUGUGUACUUCACCCAGAAUCAGUGGGCCAGCCUGGACCCUGCACAGAAAGCCCUGUACAGGGAGGUGAUGCUGGAGAAUUAUGCAAACAUAGCUACCCUGGCUUUUCCAUUCAACAGACCUGUUCUGGUUUCCCAGCUGGAGCAAGGGGAACUACCGUGGGUCCUUGAUCCCUGGGAACCUGUGGGCAGGGAGGUCCUCCGAGGUGUCUGUUCAGGGGAUAAGACUGGAACUGAGAAGGAAAAACCAACUAUAAAGCAACAAAUUUCCAAAGAAACAGAGUCCCAUAGACUGACGUCAGGAGGGCUGCUAGGGAAUGUUCCUCACCACCCUGAUUUUGAGAGCAGCCUAGAGAAGCAGCACAGUCACUGGAUAGUUAAGAAGAUAAAGUCAAAGAGGAGACAUUUCUCAGAUGGAUCAUCCAAGCAUCAUGGGAUCUGUGCGGUUGAGAGCAGGAAGAAGUGUGAGAAAUUAGGAAAAAAUGUUCGUGUCCACACACAACUCAUUACAAAUCAGACAGUGCCUACUGGUCAGAUAUAUUAUGAAUGUGGAAAAUGUGACAGGUAUUUCAGUAGAACGGUGGACUUUCAUCAACAUCAGAGACAACAUACUGGUGAAAAGUCUUAUGAAUGCAAAGAAUGUGGAAAAGACUUCAAAUAUAAUUCAUUACUUAUUCGGCAUCAGGUAACUCACACUGGAAAGAAACCAUUUAAAUGUAAAGAGUGUGGGAAAGGUUUAAGUUCUGACACAGCAUUGAUUCAGCAUCAGAGAAUGCACACUGGAGAGAAGCCCUAUGAGUGUAAGGAAUGUGGGAAGGCUUUCAGUAGCAGCUCAGUGUUCCUUCAGCACCAGAGAUUCCACACUGGAGAGAAACUCUAUGAAUGUCAAGAAUGUUGGAAAACUUUCAGUUGUAGCUCAAGCUUUGUUCAUCAGCGAAUGCACACCGGAGAGAAACCCUAUGAAUGUAAAGAGUGUGGGACAUUAAGCUCCAACACAGCCUUGACUCAGCACCAGAGAAUUCACACUGGUGAGAAACCCUUUGAAUGUAAGGAGUGUGGGAAGGCAUUCAAUCAGAAAAUAACCCUUAUUCAGCACAAGCGAGUUCACACUGGUGAGAAACCUUAUGAGUGUAAGGUGUGUGGGAAAGCCUUCAGCUGGUGUGGAAGGUUCAUUCUCCAUCAAAAACUUCAUAUUGAGAAGAUACCUGUGCAGGAGUAAGGCUAUCCACAGUUAGGCCCUCUGUGCCUCUCCUUGUUGCUCCUCAUUUUCAUGUUCUUCUGUUCUGUCAGUGUCAUCACUUUCCUUCCUGGACUGUGCUAAUUCUUACCCUCAUACCUCUGUUCCCAUGGCUCUGCAUAUCCAGAAUGCCCGCUUCUCUAUCUGUCCCACUUUCCGUUGUGAACUCUUCCUCAAAGUCUCUUGAACAUGAACAUUCUUUACAAGUAAAAAGGCAAAUAAAACAAACAAAAAACCUGAAAAUUUACAAACAUAAAAAGAAAUGUAAGUUUCCCAGUUGAAGAGAUACACUGAGUGUCCGACAAGAUGAGUGGGGGGAACCCACAUCAAAGAGCAUCACUAUGAAUUCUCAAAACACACGCACAAAAUGUUUAAAGAGGAGAUGCUAGCUAAACCUUUGUAGAGAGAGAAAACCAAAGAUCAAGUAUAAGAAUGGCAUCAGAUUUCUCAACCUUGGUGUAUGCCAUAAAAUUGAGGAAAAUGAUUUCCAUCCAGAAUUUUAUUCCUAAUUAUGAGAGUAAAGGCAUUUUCAGACCCUUUAGAUCUCAAAACUUUUAUCUUCCAUGCAUCUUUUUUUCAUAUGUAUACCAUCAAAGAAGGGGAUAAGCCAGGAAAGAGAAAGAUCUCUGGAUACUCUGCUACAACCUGUAUGUCAGAAGAAGUCUUCUAAACUCAAAACACAGGGCUCCUGCUUGUAUGGAGCUAUCGGCAUCUUGGAAGACAUUCCUAAUUGGGUGCAAAUUUACAGAGACCCUACUUUGGAUGCAAUGCCCACCCACCCUGCUUUCUUUGCUAUUACUCUUCUUCACUACUCACUUAUCUGUGCUUUUGCAAAAGUCACAGUAUAUACUAAAAGGGCAUAUACCUUUUAUUCAUAUGCAAAGCCCCAAGUCCUUCUGGUGAAUGUGGUCUAAGUAUUGCUUGCUCAGAAAUUGCCUCUGCUUUCCACUUGUCACCACUUCCUGGAGUCUCCCUACAUGGCUUUCUUGCCAUCUGUACCUUAGUCUCAGGCCUAGUUGUUCUUAAAUGGAUACAAUCUCAUGCUGUUCCAGUGGUCUCAAGCAAUGAAACAUUCUUGGCAACUUCAUCUAGUUAUAGUUUUUUAUGAUCAUGGAAGAACCUACCAUUAUUAUCUGUUACCUGUGGAGAUGAGGGAAGAUGUAAAUGUGUUCUGUUUUAGCAUCCACUUUUUUUUUUUUUUAAUCAUCAUUUUAUUGAGAUAUAUUCACAUACCACGCAGUCAUACAAAACAAAUUGUACUUUCGAUUGUUUACAGUACCAUUACAUAGUUGUACAU